GCACUAUAUCUUUCCCCCUUUUUUCCCUUUAUUUCUAAUACAGAUACAAGUUAAAGAAGAAUGUCAGGAUACGAUCGUGCUUUGACUGUCUUUUCUCCCGAUGGUCACUUGUUUCAAGUCGAGUAUGCGUCCGAAGCUGUACGAAAAGGUACCUGUGCGGUUGGUGUCCGUGGAAAGGAUGUUGUCGUUCUCGGUGUCGAAAAGAAGUCAGUAUUGAAGUUGCAGGACCCUAGAACAAUUCGCAAGAUUUGCAUGCUUGAUGAUCACAUUGCCAUGGCAUUUGCAGGCCUUACUGCUGAUGCACGUGUUUUGGUUAACAAGGCAAGAACAGAGUGUCAGAGUCAUCGUUUGACAGUAGAGGACCCAGCAUCUGUAGAGUAUAUUACACGAUACAUUGCUCAAGUACAACAAAAAUAUACCCAGAGUGGUGGUGUGCGUCCCUUUGGUAUCUCUACCUUAAUUGUUGGUUUUGAUAAAAAGUUCCCCAGACUUUACAUGACCGAGCCAUCUGGCAUUUACACUGCCUGGAAGGCAAAUGCUAUUGGUAGAAGCUCAAAGACUGUGCGUGAGUUCUUGGAAAAGAACUACAAGGAGGACAUGGAUCGCAAAGAGACCGUUAAAUUGGCUGUCAAGUCUUUGUUAGAGGUUGUCCAGACAGGUGCCAAGAACAUUGAGAUUGCUGUUAUGUCUUCUGAUAGUGUAGUAAAGGUAAGGUCACAAGACAAUUGGGAUUAUAAGAAAAAUAUAGAAGAAGAGAGAUACAAGGAGAAUAAGGAAAAACUAAACGGUGUAUUGUUUUAUAAGAUUCUUGAGAUUGAGGAGGUUGAGUCUGUUGUUGCAGAGAUCGAGAAAGAGAAGGAAGAAGAAGCUGAGAAGAAGAAGAAGCCAUCUUCUGCUGUUGCUUCUGGCAGCAGCUAAAUUGGUUGAACAAGCCAAACCCAAUACAUCAACAUUAAUAACAAAAUGGUACAGUCUUGCAGCAUUGUAGCUUCUACUUCCAUUCCCAACUUGUCCUAUUCCUCUAUCUGUCUGUCUGCCUUUGUCUGUCUGCCUUUGUCUGUCUGCCUGCUUGUCUGUUUUUGUUAUUUGUUCUUGGGUUUGCCACAAAGCAUACUUUCUUUUUGUUUUUAAAUAAAACGUGUUUUAAACGUCCGUUUU